AUGAAUGAUUCGGUGCCAGCAUCACAGUUGGAGCGAACGCGACAGGAUUGCUAUCAGUUUGGUCACGUCAUUUUAAGAGGUGCAGAGAUGGAGAGCGAGGAAAGGGAAGCGGAGAAGGAGGGGGGGAGCGGGGUAGAGGAAAGAGGAUGGAAGGGUGACUGGGUGAAGGGAGUUGUGAGGAGGAGGCUGCUGGCUAGAGGAAGGUCGAUAUCGGCGAAAACAACGGGACAGUUACUGCUUCUGCAUGUUUCCAUUUUCGGUGGCUCCGUAAAGCAAGAGGCAAAAGUGGUGUAG